CUACUUACAACACUUAACCACUCAUACCAUCUACAUCGAGACCACUAUUCACACAAUUUCACAAUGAUGACCACAAGGAUGCAUCUGUUAAUCCUCCUUCCCAUGGUCCUUCUCGCAGUCGCCGUCCCUCAACCUCCCCCAAAAUACAUCGGCUGCAUCUCCCAAACCUCAACCUUCUCAGCAACAACCCUCCCGUCACCUUUCACAACUCAUCAAUGCCUUCAAGCCUGUACCGCUAAAGGUAGUCUCGUCGCCAUUGGUAGUGGAACAUGUUACUGCGAUAAUGGUAGCGCAUCUGCAUCUUUCGAAUUAGUCGAUGAAACUCGCUGCACAGAGCUUUGCAUCGCCGGCGAUGAGACCAGCGGCAAGUGUGGAGGACAGGACGUCUUGAGUCUGUAUCAGAUCGACGGCUGUGAUGGAGGACAUGCGAAGAAUGGAACUGUCCCACCAGUGGUGCAGACUCCCUGUACGCUUUGUGGACAAGCGACACUUGUUCCUACUCCUACAGCAGUUCAGAGAAAAGCAGGGAGUCCUUGUCCUUUCGAAGGAUGUAAAGCUGCGCCGGCUCCGAUCGCCACGCCUGCUGGGAACUCGACUGCUAAGAUUUGCCCGUCUGGUGGAUGCAGUUCUGGGGGUCAAGGAGGACAGAGCGGUAGCGGAGGAGCUGGUGGACAAGGUGGAACAACAGACACACAAAAGGGAUCAUCUGGUGAAGGGUCCAAGGCUGCACCAGGACUUGCGAGUGAGAGCCCAAGAUUGUACUCACCAAGCAUACUAUCAGCCAUCGCGGCUGUGAUUUUUGGGUUGCGUUUUCUAUGAGCGAUUAGGACAGAGGGAAAUGGCUGGCAAAAAGAGGAAGAAUGGGCACAUUCGCUUGCGUAUUUUGGAGUUAACGGCUGGGAAUGAUUCAUGAUUUGACGGAAACGGAAACGGGAACAGAAACAAUGGGUAGCUCUGGCUUGUUCAUACUAUAAAAUGCUAACUUUGACAAUAUGCGAUAAUCUCCUAAAUGAAUAAUGAACUAGUCAGUAUAGGAAGGGUAUCGUGAAAUGGCCUCCCUACGACUUCGGCGCGUCAGUCAACGGC